GGCUUUUCUCAUUGACACGGGCACUUGAGUCUGUAACCACCAAGAAAUCAGUGCCUUUUAGGGAGGAGGUCAAUGUUUAAGUGAGUUGCUUUGGAGGCAGGCAGAUCUGGGUUAGAAUCUUGCUUCUCACACUUGUGUGGCCGCCUGACCUGGGGCAGGUGCUUUCAGGUCCCUCUGCUCCCGUUUCCUUCCCCAGUUGGAUGGGGCUGCCCUGGUGGUCCUGAGUCCUUGGAGGAGGAGGAGGAGGUGUCCGCAGCGCUCAGCUUGGCAGCCGGAAGUGCUCCGUUAAUGGUGGUGGUGGUCUCACCCCCCUCUCAUUCGUUUCCUCCCAGCAGCAUGUCGUGGUUUAGUGGCCUCCUGGUCCCCAAAGUGGAUGAACGGAAAACAGCCUGGGGCGAGCGCAAUGGGCAGAAGCGUCCGCGCCGGGGGACUCGCACCAGUGGCUUCUGCACACCCCGUUAUAUGAGCUGCCUCCAGGAGGCACAGCCGCCCAGCCCGACCCCUGCCGCUGCCCCUCGGUGCCCCUGGCAGGAGGAGGCCUUCAUCCGGAGGGGCGGCCCAGGCAAGGGCGUGGAGCUGGGGCUGCGGGCGGUGGCCCUGGGCUUCGAGGACCCGGAGGCGACCGUGGCCGGCGGGGCGGCCGAGGUGGCCCCCAACGUGGCCCCCAGGAGCGGGCGAGCCUGCUGGCGCCGGCUGGUGCAGGUGUUCCAGUCGAAGCAGUUCCGCUCGGCCAAGCUGGAGCGCCUGUACCAGCGGUACUUCUUUCAGAUGAACCAGAGCAGCCUGACGCUGCUGAUGGCGGUGCUGCUGCUGCUCACGGCGGUGCUGCUGGCCUUCCACGCUGCGCCUGCCCGCCCCCAGCCUGCCUACGUGGCCCUGCUGGCCUGCGCCGCCGCCCUCUUCGUGGCGCUCAUGGUCGUGUGCAACCGACACAGCUUCCGCCAGGACUCCAUGUGGGUGGUGAGCUACGUGGUGCUGGGCAUCCUGGCGGCUGUGCAGGUCGGGGGCGCCCUGGCGGCGCACCCCCACAGCCCUUCCGCGGGCCUCUGGUGCCCCGUCUUCUUCGUCUACAUCACCUACACGCUCCUCCCCAUCCGCAUGCGGGCAGCCGUCUUCAGCGGCCUGGGCCUCUCCACCCUGCACUUGAUCUUGGCCUGGCAACUCAACCGUGGUGAUGCCUUCCUCUGGAAGCAGCUCGGUGCCAACAUGCUGCUGUUCCUCUGCACCAAUGUCAUCGGCAUCUGCACACACUACCCGGCUGAGGUGUCGCAGCGCCAGGCCUUUCAGGAGACCCGUGGUUACAUCCAGGCCCGGCUGCACCUGCAACACGAGAAUCGGCAGCAGGAGCGGCUGCUGCUGUCCGUGUUGCCCCAGCACGUUGCCAUGGAGAUGAAAGAAGACAUCAACACAAAGAAAGAAGACAUGAUGUUUCACAAGAUCUACAUCCAGAAGCAUGACAACGUCAGCAUCCUGUUUGCCGACAUUGAAGGCUUCACCAGCCUGGCAUCCCAGUGCACCGCGCAGGAGCUGGUCAUGACCCUGAACGAGCUCUUUGCCCGGUUUGACAAGUUGGCUGCGGAAAAUCACUGCCUGAGGAUCAAGAUCUUAGGGGACUGUUACUACUGUGUGUCAGGGCUGCCAGAGGCCCGUGCAGACCACGCCCACUGCUGCGUGGAGAUGGGCGUGGACAUGAUCGAGGCCAUCUCGCUGGUGCGCGAGGUGACGGGCGUGAACGUGAACAUGCGCGUGGGCAUCCACAGCGGGCGUGUGCACUGCGGCGUCCUCGGCCUGCGGAAGUGGCAGUUCGACGUGUGGUCCAACGACGUGACUCUGGCCAACCACAUGGAGGCGGGGGGCCGGGCCGGCCGCAUCCACAUCACUCGGGCCACGCUGCAGUACCUGAACGGCGACUACGAGGUGGAGCCAGGCCGGGGCGGGGAGCGCAACGCCUACCUCAAGGAGCAGCACAUCGAGACCUUCCUGAUCCUGGGCGCCAGCCAGAAACGGAAGGAGGAGAAGGCCGUGCUGGCCAAGCUGCAGCGGACCAGGGCCAACUCCAUGGAAGGGCUGAUGCCACGCUGGGUGCCCGACCGCACCUUCUCCCGGACCAAGGACUCCAAGGCUUUCCGCCAGAUGGGCAUUGAUGACUCCAGCAAAGACAACCGAGGUGCCCAGGACGCCCUCAACCCUGAGGAUGAGGUGGACGAGUUCCUGGGCCGAGCCAUCGAUGCCCGCAGCAUCGAUCAGCUGCGCAAGGACCAUGUGCGCCGGUUCCUGCUCACCUUCCAGAGGGAGGAUCUUGAAAAGAAGUACUCGCGGAAGGUGGACCCCCGCUUCGGCGCCUACGUGGCCUGUGCCCUGUUGGUCUUCUGCUUCAUCUGCUUCAUCCAGCUCCUCGUCUUCCCACACUCAGCCCUGGUGCUUGGGAUCCAUGCCGGGAUCUUCCUCCUGCUGCUGGUCACCGUGUUGGCCUGUGCCGUGUACUCCUGCGGCUCUCUGUUCCCUGAGGCCCUGCGGCGUCUGUCGCGCAGCAUCGUCCGCUCUCGGGCACAUAGCACUGCGGUUGGCAUCUUUUCGGUCCUGCUUGUGUUCACUUCCGCCAUUGCCAACAUGUUCACCUGUAACCACACCCCCAUACGGACUUGUGCAGCCCGGAUGCUGAAUCUGACACCUGCUGACGUCACCCCCUGCCACCUACAGCAGCUCAAUUACUCUCUGGGCCUGGAUACUCCCCUGUGUGAGGGCACCGCACCCACCUGCAGCUUCCCUGAGUACUUCGUCGGGAACACGCUGCUGAGUCUCUUGGCCAGCUCUGUCUUCCUGCACAUCAGUAGCAUCGGGAAGCUGGCCAUGAUCCUUGUCCUCGGGCUCAUCUAUUUGGUGCUGCUCCUGCUGGGUCCCCCGGCCACCAUCUUUGACAACUACGACCUACUGCUUGGCGUCCAUGGCUUGGCUUCUUCCAACGAGACCUUCGAUGGGCUGCACUGCCCAGCUGCAGGCAGGGUGGCACUCAAAUACAUGACCCCGGUGAUUCUGCUGGUCUUUGCACUGGCGCUCUAUCUGCAUGCCCAGCAGGUGGAAUCGACUGCCCGCCUGGACUUCCUCUGGAAACUGCAGGCAACAGGGGAGAAGGAGGAGAUGGAGGAGCUGCAGGCAUACAACCGGCGGCUGCUCCAUAACAUUCUGCCCAAGGAUGUAGCGGCCCACUUCCUGGCCCGGGAGCGCCGGAACGACGAGCUCUACUAUCAGUCGUGCGAGUGUGUGGCCGUCAUGUUCGCCUCCAUUGCCAACUUCUCCGAGUUCUACGUGGAGCUGGAGGCAAACAACGAGGGUGUCGAGUGCCUGCGGCUGCUCAACGAGAUCAUCGCCGACUUUGACGAGAUCAUCAGCGAGGAGCGCUUCCGGCAGCUGGAGAAGAUCAAGACCAUUGGGAGCACGUACAUGGCUGCCUCCGGGCUGAACGCCAGCACCUACGAUCAGGCGGGCCGCUCCCACAUCACCGCCCUGGCCGACUACGCCAUGCGGCUCAUGGAGCAGAUGAAGCACAUCAACGAGCACUCCUUCAACAACUUCCAGAUGAAGAUCGGGCUGAACAUGGGUCCGGUGGUGGCAGGCGUCAUCGGGGCCCGGAAGCCGCAGUACGACAUCUGGGGGAACACAGUGAAUGUCUCUAGCCGUAUGGACAGCACCGGGGUCCCUGACCGAAUCCAGGUGACCACGGACCUGUACCAGGUUCUAGCGGCCAAGGGCUACCAGCUGGAGUGUCGCGGGGUGGUCAAGGUGAAGGGCAAGGGGGAAAUGACCACCUACUUCCUCAAUGGGGGCCCCAGCAGUUAGCAGGGCCCAGCUACAAAUUGAGCUGAAAGGACCAAGGUGGGCAUUUGAGUGGCCUCUGUGUUCGCUGAGUGAAGCUGUGGUGGGGUGCGCUGAGCCUCCGGAGCCUGCUGACCACAACAGGGGAGACCCCAGCAGGCUGUGCUUGGACCACACUCGCCUGCCCUCAGGCUGGUGAAUGAGGGGAUACCCAGAGGAUUGUGCAAGUGACUUUUAUUUGUUUUAACUGGGGGUAGGGCUGUUCUUUCUCCCUUCUUCCAGCUGUUGGGAGCAGGGGUCGGGGGGGGGGGCAGCUGCAGAGGCAGGGGGGAGCCCUCCUGCCAGAGAGAUUUAAAUUGGCAGCUGGCCACGCCUACCCUUUCCCUGUCUGGGCUGGGCCCUUCCUUUCCCGCUUUUUUCUGGGACUAUUUUGUACAAAGGCUGGGGCAGGCUUGAAGAGUGCCUAUUCCAUGCUUGCCUUUGCUGUGCCUGUAUCCCCCAGUCCUGGGCACCCCCCUUCCCCAGCCAGGUCUCUCUCAUAGACACAGGGCACUGGGGGCAGAUGCUCUGGGCACCCAGCCCUGCCCCUGUUUCAGGGGAAUGUUUCCAUUUGCCAAAUCCUAGUCCCAUGAUCUGUCCCCAAAGGGGAACAAAGGGACUUCUGACAGCUCAGAUUAGCCCCAGUUCCUACACACCUCCAGGUAAAAGGGCGUCUGGUCUCACUGGUACUGUGAAAAUGCCCGGCCAGGGAGCAAGCAUGGGUGUGGGAACAUCAGAAGAUCAGGAGCUGGAUGUUCACCUGCAGGUGCCAAAGAGAACAGGCCCGCUGGGACAAGGGGCUGCCCGACUCUGAUCUGAGGGUCGGGAUCCCAGGAUUCCGCCACUGCCCCAGCGCUCUCUUGCUGGUUGCCGGCAAGGGGGCAUGGAGCCUCUCUACCCCUUCUGUUGCCAAAUAGCAAAGGGCCGGGCAUAGAGGAAGAUGACCCUGAUCCAAGCCUGCCCGCCCGGGCCUCUGGCACGGGGAGGGCGUGUGUGUCUGUGUACCCGUGUGUGCAUGGCGGUCUGCGCGUGCGUGUCUGUGUCCUGGGGCUAUGUGUCCUUGCGCUCCUGCUCCUCAGCUCUCCACCCUGGGUUGCCUCUUUCCUGUGGGCCUCUGUCUUCUGGGAGUAAGGCAGGCUUUCUGAUCCCAAGGGAUGUAGAGGGGUCCCCAGGUUGCACAGGCGCGGGAUGGGGUUUGGUAGCUAGAGGGGGGUGGCCCUGGGGAGAGGAGUCCUUUUUGUGCCAAAUCCCUAAGUGCCAUUUGGGGGCCACGUGUGCAGCACGACCAUCUCCCAGCCUGGGGCAGGGACCCAGGCAUCUGCUUGGGAAGUGCCCUGAACCUUGCACUUGAACUAUCUGGGGUUUGGUGGGAAGAGGCUCAAGAGUUUCCUGAGUUCCCCAGCUGGUGUCCUGCGACAUGGUCUGCCUCAGGGCGGGGGUAGCAUGGGGUCCCUCUGAGGACCCAGAUUCUGGUACUAGGGGAUGGGGAGGGGAACUUGGACCUCGGCCUUCCCCAGCCUUCGGCCUGAGCCCGGCAUGCUCCAGGCUCCCGGUCCCCAUGAAGCCUGCAGGGGCUGCAGGAGAGUUGGGAGGGCUGGACCCUAGACUCCCUUCCUAUCCCUGCCUGCCUUUUCCCCUCUUCCUUGCAAGCUCCUUGCCUCUGGUCUGAAUUAGUUGGUGCCUUGGUUUCUUCUCUGUACCUGUUUAAGCCAGGGGCAUUAGCUAGAAUUUUGCUUGAAGAUCACUUUGUUGUGAGGUGUUAGGAAGAGGAGAAGAGGGUCCCAGAGCUGCUGGGUUUGGGGAGCAGAAGGGCCAGGUGGCUCUCCUGCCCUUCCUUAUGCCCUUUUGGACGCUAGCUCUUUGCAGAGGCCUGGCUUCUGGCUUGUACUGACUGCUCUGGGGGAUCUUCAAACAUCAACCAAAUGGGCCAUUGGUCACUUCAUUAGCUAAGGCAGGAGAAGGGGGAAAGACCACUUGGUCCAGAUGGAAAGUCAGCUCCCCUCCCCUCAGCUGUAUCCCUAGACAGGAAGGGAUGCGUGGGCUCCUGGCAUGGUGGUAGGGGGGAGAUGAGGCUGUAAGGAGACCAGAGUGGGGGGACAGCAGUCUUAGGUGACUUGGGUGACUUGUCUCUGCUUCUUGCCAGGUGGGAGGGGCCUGUCCACACCUGCUCCCCGUACCGCAGUGCCAGCCAUGCGCUCCCCCUGGGCUGCCGUUGCCCCCUCCCUCGCCAUCCGGUGAGGGAGUCAGUGGAUGGGAGGCCCAUGGACUUUGGUUUUAUAAUGUAACCACUGUGGGAGGGGGGGAGGGGGGUGUACCAUGUAUUUCAGUGAAAUAUUUAAUAUAUUUAAGUAUCAAUAAAAAUCAAAGUCUUUGUAAAAUCC